AUGAUUUUAUGGUUAUUUUUCAUACAGUCAUUUUUAUCGAUGAAUGGUUAUGAUACAAUAUAUCAAGAUGCUGACUUAAAUAUAACUGUAGAAGGAGGAAAUAGUACUUUUCAUAUAAACAUGUGUAAUCUAUUUGAUAUACUUCAGAAACGUAAAUACCUUGGGCUUGUAAAAAUGUAUAAUUUUUUUAACACUGUGUGGGACUCAAUAGUAGAUUCAAGUAGUUUUAAGAAAUAUUUUAUUGAUUCAGAAACUCUAAAAGUGUUUAAUCAUAAAAAAAGAUUCAAUAAACAUAUGUAUCUUUUAAAAGCGGCUGUUGAAUUUGAAGUGGAUACUGCAACUGUUCAUAAAAUACCAAAGUUUUAUAACGAAAAUGAUAAACUUUUUAUUAGAAAUAUGCUUACAAUCACAAAAAAUAUUUAUUAUUCGUGCAAUGCAUGCGAGAAUUAUGUUAUUGGAGUAAAUGAUUUUAAUUCUAAAGAAUUAGAGGAAAUAAUUUUACGUAGAAUGAUGUAUUCUUAUAAAUCUACGGAAAGUGAAUAUCCAAUUUUUGCUUUUAAGCCUUGCGAUCAACUUUCUGAUGUUUUUCAUAAAUGCAAUAGAAAUGAUACUGUAAAUUAUAGAAGCUUUUUGCCUUUUAAUCCAGUUAUAGAAGAAGAAACUACAAAUACUUUUAGUGGGUUUUUAAGUACAAUACAAUACUAUUGGAAUGCCCUUCUGGCUGAUUCAUUGUCACUUACAAUAGUAAUUAUAAGCAUUUUUGCACUUUUUCUUUUUGUUAUAUUUUGUAUACUUCUUAUAAAAAGAGUGCGAGAAAUAAAACCUAGAAGGUGUAUUGAUAAUAUUAAUUAA